CUCGGGACCUACGAAAGCCAACCCCUGCUCUUUCCCCCUUCCCAAUUGCACGGUAGGUUUGAAUAACCGCGCUUCCGAGUUCUCAAUUAUCACCCCCAUCGCUUCAGCAUCCGACCACUUGGGCUACAAUCAUGCCGGAGCUCCCUCCCCUCGUACCUAUGUCCACCGACGGGCAACCUGCCGACCAGAAUCAGCCAGAGGAGACACCCGAGCCCGUACCGAUCACCGAGCAGGAAGUAGGAGAGUACCGCGAGCAGGACCGCUUCCUCCCCAUCGCCAACGUCGCACGCAUCAUGAAAGCCUCCGUGCCCCCCACCGCCAAGAUCGCGAAAGACGCGAAGGAGUGCGUGCAAGAGUGCGUCAGCGAGUUCAUCUCCUUCGUCACCUCCGAGGCCGCGGAGCGCUGCCAGCUGGAGAAGCGCAAGACGGUGGGGGGCGAGGAUAUCCUGCAUGCGAUGACCGCCCUGGGGCUGGAGAACUAUGCGGAGACGCUGAAGAUCCAUCUGGCCAAGUUGAGGGCGCAUCAAGCGAACAACACCGGCGUCGACGACAAUGAUCAUGAGAUACACAUACCCCCGCCUCCGAGCACGCAGAGAACUCCAUGACCGACUUCGCUUGACCUGGGCUCGGGAUUAUCGUUAUUCUUAUCCUACUUCCCCUCGCAGUGUUUGCCCUGUACAUGUCUGCAU